UUCUACGCUGCCAUUUUGUCCGGCAGAGCAGCGAGCAGCCAGUCAGACAGCCAGAACAGAGAAAAAACCACCGGAGAGACUUUUAGAGACAGACAGCACGGCAGCACGGCACAGGACGGGACUGUCUGUCUGUCUGUCGGCGGUAAGGAACCGGGAACCAGGCGGUAAUGUGGAGUCGACAGCCGGAGGACAGCAACAACUGAGCCCGAGGACCCAGAGAGGGAAAUAAGCGGAGAUCAUUGUGAACUUAGCGGCUCCAGCGGCUCCGCUCUUCGGCCACAGACGCUCCGGCAGUCGGCUAACUCCCCGCUAGCUCCUCGGCUAACACCCGCCGCUCGUCGCGUCUUUUCUCACCGGGGGAAACCGCACCUGUCCCGGCUGUCAGUCAGUCACUAUCCUCUUAAAAGCUCAAAACAAUGCGCUGCUCCACCCUGAGAGACUUUUCACGCCCGUGGGGUGGUUCAACACACACUUUGCCGAGCCACCAGUGAAAAGCUAAAACAAGUUGACGUGGAGGAGGAAGGAACUCAAGAUUUUUUUUUUUUCUUUUCUGGAUUGAUUUUCUCCAAGCUCCAAGUGAUUUCAUACGGAUUACUUUUGUUUCUUGUUGCCUAGCCCUUGUUAGCCUACUCUCAAACACAAAACAAAUCGUCCAGGUUACAAAACCAGCCAGUUAAGUAUGUUUAUUAGUGGCCAGAAAGUAAUUUCCAGUGUUUACAAAUUCCACAGUGGGACUCUUUCCUGGUUGGACGGAAACAUUAGCUAACACACACUAGCUCAGAUUAGUGUCGUCGUGUUGUGUUUACUAGAUAGAUAGUUGCCAAACAAUUUAACUAUACUGCAAAUCAGCUGUUGAUUGUGGUUUAAAGCCAAUCUUGUACCUGCAGUUUUUUUCUCCACCAGUGAUCUGACAUUACUGCAGACUGCACAGGUUUUGUACGCACUUGUAACUAAAAAAAAAAAAAACACACAACAGUGGGUGUCUGAUCGCAACCCUUUACCUCCACUUGACAGUGAAGUCACGUUGAGUUGUGUCCCCCAGGGAGUUGAUCCAUUGAUCGGAUCGUUAUUGUGCUAUUUUAGCUGAUUGAGGAGAGCAAAGAGAGAGAAGAGAUGUCGGGCCAAUCUAUCACGGAUCGGAUCGCAGCAGCGCAGCACAGCAUGACCGGGUCGGCUAUCAGCAAGGCUGUAUGCAAAGCCACCACACAUGAAGUCAGUGGACCCAAGAAGAAACACCUUGACUAUCUGAUCCACUGCACCAAUGAGAUGAACGUGAGCAUCCCCCAGCUGGCAGACACGCUGUUUGAGCGCACGGCCAACUCCAGCUGGGUUGUGGUCUUCAAAGCCCUUAUCACCACCCACCACCUCAUGAUGUACGGCAACGAGCGUUUCAUCCAGUACCUGGCCUCCAGAAACACUCUGUUUAACCUGAACAACUUCCUGGAUAAGGGAGCUCUGCAAGGUUACGACAUGUCAACCUUCAUCAGACGGUACAGCCGUUACCUGAACGAGAAGGCCAUGUCCUAUAGACUGGUGGCUGUGGAUUUCACCAAGAUGAAGAGGGGGAUUGACGGUGUGAUGCGUACCAUGAACACAGAGAAGCUGAUCAAGACGCUGCCCAUCAUUCAGAACCAGCUGGAUGCUCUGCUGGAUUUCCAGGCCAACCCUAAUGAGCUGACCAACGGAGUGAUCAACUCAGCCUUCAUGCUGCUCUUCAAAGACUCCAUAAGGCUGUUUGCCGCUUACAACGAAGGGGUCAUCAACCUAUUGGAGAAAUACUUUGACAUGAAGAAGAACCAGUGCAAAGAUGCUCUGGACAUCUACAAGAAAUUUCUUUACAGGAUGACGAAGCUGUCAGAGUUUCUCAAAGUGGCCGAGCAAGUUGGAAUAGAUCAGGGUGACAUCCCAGAUCUCUCACAGGCCCCCAGCAGCCUCCUGGAGGCUUUGGAGCAGCACCUGGCCUCUCUGGAGGGCAAGAAGACCAAGGAAUUGAACGCAGACACCAGAGCGUCCACCCUGUCCAGCGCCGUCUCAUCUCUCUCCUCCACCGGCAUGUCCUUCAGCCGCAUGGAUGAGAAGGAGAAGCAGCAGGCCCUGGAGGAGGAGCAGGCCAGACUGCAGGCUCUUAAGGACCAGCGCCUGAAGGAGAUUGGCAUGCAGACUCCUCCCUCUGCCUCCCCCAGCAGCCAGUCGGUCGGCAGCGCCAACAACAACCACAUCACACAAACCCCAGAGCUGUUCACCUCCACGCUGUCUGCCAACAGUGUGCCCAAUCUGAACAGUGACCUGUUUGAUCUUCAGCCGGCCUUCAUCCCCGCUGUGCAGAGCACUCCUUCAAUCUCCACCGCCAACAGUGCCUGGGGAGGAUUGGAGAACCAGCCUCUGCAGCAGACCGUCCCAGCCAUGACUGUAGAUUUCGAUGCUGUGUUUGGGAAUAAUGCCACGCCCAGUAACAACGGUCCACAACCUGCAGCCGGUUUUGAUGCUCUAGGAGACUUGUUGAAGCCUACGAUGCCCACACACACUGCACCUCUUCCUCCUCCUCAAAUGGCCAUCCAUCAAGGAGGAAAGCUGCUAGCCAACGACCUCGACUCCUCUCUGGCCAACCUCGUGGGCAAUCUGCAGUUCGGCGGGACCCCGGCCAAGAACUCGUCCCUCUUCAGGCCAGAGAUGCAGUGGAACCAGCCGGGGGAGAAGAAGCUGACGGGAGGCCAGAACUGGCAGAAUAAGACCAUGUCGACCACACAGUGGGGCCCCGCGCCCAUGGCCCCACAGCCCAUGCCUGUACAACACGUGGCUCCAGCUCCCAUGGCUUUUCCCAUGACCACACCGCAAGUGCCUGUGUAUGGAAUGGUCCCUCCCCAGAUGGGUCAGAUGGGCGGGGUACCAGUCAUGGCUCCUCAGCCGAUGAUGUACAACCAGCCUGUUCUCAGACCCACCAACCCCUUCGCACCGAUGCCCGGAGCCCAGAUGCAGUUUAUGUAAUCCAGUCAGGGGGGAAGCAGAGUGCCAAAAGCGACAAACAAACAAACAGCAGAAGAAGAAAACACACACGAGGAACGGUCAGAUGGACGGAGGAAUGAUUUGAUCAAGCUAAAGAGACAGACAGACGACAAGAAAACCAACCGACACCAAAAAAAAAAACAAGUUGGAAAGAAAAAGGAGGAGAAGAUGACCGGACAGAGGAUGGAUGGAGGGAGGGAGGUGGUGGAGAAGGAGGCGUCAUCCUGGCUAGUCGUUGUCUGAAACAACUUCUUGUAUGUGUGUGUGUGUGUAGCUUCUUUCUGUUUCUAAUUUUAAAUCGAUGGAGUGAUGCUUCAGGAGAGGGAAUACGGACGAGAGAGAGAGAGAUGUGAGGAAAGAUGGAGGAGUAGAGAAGAGGAAAUCCUACCUCUGAGAGAGUCUCCGCUGCAGAAUUAGCUUUAUUUCAUACUGGUGCUAUUUUGUCCUCUCUGGGUUACCGUCCGCCUGCAACGGCAACUUGGGAGCACGUCUGAGGGGGCAAGUGUUUGUUUCAGUGUGUGUGUGUGUGUGUGUGUGGAAGUGUGUAGCAGUUGUUUCAGACGACGGCGGCGGCCUCCUCUCCAUCCCCUUCAGUCGCUCCGCAAACUGUCCAAUCAGUGAGAGAGUUAGAGGCAGAUCUUCUCAAGUGUGUUUCCCGUAAUUUUUUCCGCUCUGUUGGGGGAAUAUCUUUGUAUUUUUCGAUCUGUUUUAUCUUCUGCAGCCUCUCCUGAAUGUUAUCGGGGCUUGUACAGCAAUUUGUUGAACCAUUUGUUAAUAGUAGUUGAGCGUUUGUUGUUAUGGGUUUUUAAGCUUAAGUCUUUGUUACUCAUACUGCUCAUAUUGUUUUUUUCUUCUCUUAAAGCUGCAGAUACACACAGAGAGACGGUGGUUAGCGGAGCAACAACGACAUGCUAGCACGGUCUAAAUUGUCUGUGUCCCAAAAUUAUUAAAAGUCUGGUCACACCAGAGAGUGGUGCAGCUAAAUUAAUCCAUGCUUCUUCAAAAAACAUGUUUUUAUAACCGUGGUGGUGCAGUGACUCGUCAAAAAACGACUGUAGCUAGCAAGCUAACUGCUAAAACGCUAGCCAGCAUGCAAGCACAUGGCGGCCACAAUUCCUCUCCAAGCUUUUAUCUGUUUUCUCUGCUCUGUGUUGCAUUUUAUUCCCCAGAUGCACAUACUAUAAUCCGGUAAAAAGUUAUUAAAGGAAGUGGAAAUUUCUCCAAGCUAGCUACGGUUCAAAGGGUCAGUUAGCAGGUUUGUGAGCUUGUUUGCUAACGGGACAAUAAUGCUGCCUUCAAGCGGAACUUCGGAGCUUGUGAUUAACACAUGCCAAAUUGUGUGCACGACAUGUUUAGCAUUCAAAUGGUUAAGUAGUGAGAACAGGCAACUUUAUUGUGGACGCUAAUGUUAACGUUCCAUCUAAAGGCUAACGAUUUAGCAGGCUAACGAUUUAGCAAGCUAGCGAGCAGGUAAUGCAAAGGUAUAAAAGAAAAAAAAUUCAGUUUUUGGUAAUAUCUACAUUUUACUCAGGCAUAUUUUAAAGUUACUAAGAAAAACUCUGUGAAAUUAUAAGAUAUACACCGAAAAAUUAACUUCCAUGACCUCCGUUAUAUAUGUCAUAUGGACUCUUCUCGUGAACCUAAAGGCAGCAUGAAGUUCACAAAGUUUAUGACAAAGACUUAUUUUGGUUUUCAAUCUUUCCAACAGAGGCAGCUAAAAAAAAAAAAGAUGGCUUCUCGUAUUUUGGGUUCUCGGUUCACCCCAAACGUCUGCACUGUCAAGUUGGCUUGAUCUAUGUUAAUCUCCAUUAAUAUCUGCAUAUCUUCUCAGAAUUUAUAAGCAACGGAACUAGAUUUUGCUAUCGUACGCAUUCUGGUUUCCGUUUUUUAAUACUAGUAGUAUCGACCAACCAUGUUUCAGCAGGCUUUUGUUGCACCAACCCACCGGAGGGUGAAAAGUCGCUCAAAAAACUGUUUAUCAUAGAAAGAAAGUGUAAAAACGGGCAUUAUUGUUGAAAAUUGAACUUUCCGACAGUCCUUUAACAUAUCAUAGGUUGCGUAAGUUUCCAUUAGAAAAUUUUACCAAAACGAAGCUUAAAAUUGUGACAUUUCUGUCCAAAUCACUUUAUUCUACGUCGCAUUUAAAAUGUUCCCAAAAAUUAACAGUUUGUAAUAACUAGAUCCUGUUAAAAACAUUAAAUUCUGCUCCUCAGCGACACUGUGAAGCCAUGAUUGAUUCUGCUGAGACAAACAGUCACGUGACCAAUAUAUACUGAAAAACUGUUUACACAGAGCUGAGAGGAGAGGACAGCAUGUGGAGAACACUGCUUUCGUCUAACUACUAUUUAGCUUUUUAUUUGCUUAAGUUACUUAACUAAACUGGUUAUAUAGAUGUCUUCUCUCAACUCAAAGAGUCUAAAAGAGGAAGUCUUGGCCUUGAUAUCCGUUGGCUGAAUAUUUGAGGCUAAAUCGUUGUUAGACACGUUCCGAGUUUGGUAAAAAUGCAACAAUUUUUCACCAUUUAAAGUGCUGGUGUGACCAGGCAUUUAGCCAGACACGAUUUGACACAUUUUUGGCUGCCAUCACGCUCAUUAGAGGGUUGAUUAGAAGCAAUGUGUAUUUUUGGUUUGCUGCCGUGUCUAUUAGCAUCAUUAGCUGCCCGUUAGCGCCUGGUUGACCUGUGUGUAUCUGUUCUUCUUGUCCUCAUCAGCUCACCAACCAGAUUCAGACGUCAAAGGUUUUCCAAAAUAAGAGCUUUUUUCAUAAGGUACACCCUAUUGGCAGAUCCACAUUAUGUGCCAAUGAUUGAUGACAGCAGCACUGAGUGAAUGAUUAAAUGUUACUGAAUUGAGUUGAAUUCACUUUAAAUUGCACUGAAUCAAAGCGAGAGGCUUCAAGUGCGACUCUGUCCGUGCCGAGAGCCAAAACGACACUGAACUUUUGGCAUCACCCUCGCCCCGCGGCUCCAGGAAACAUAUUUCCGGGAUCAAAUUUGACUCGUUUAAGAGGUCAGGGCCAAUCCUCAGCCAAAGCAUCCGUCACCAUGAGUUACACUGUUGGUGUAUGUGUGCAUUAUGCAUUUUUUUUAGUGUGUGUGUUCACGUGUGUGUGCUAACACAUUUAUUAUGUGUACGUUUUUCCAUUGAGGGCUAUUUCUGAGGGUCAAAUUUCGAGCCAAAUUUGAGCCAGCGUGAGUUUGACACGAAACGUUUUUGGGUUGGGUUUUUUUUUUUCUUUGCUUUGUUUCUGUAAAAUCAAAAAAAAAAGUUUUGUUGCAAAAUGCACAUGCAAAAAUGUUGCACUGAAGUGACUAUCCUGCCGUAAGUUGAGCUGCUGCCAGUUCUCCUGGUCCGGGAAAAAAAAAAAAAGUGGAGAAAGAGAUUUGAAGUUUGUAGAAAUUGUUUGAGGUUUUACAAUAAGAAGUUUGUCUAAUCUACCAGCCACAUUGGCAGGUGACUAAAAACUCUUUUUUUUUUUUUUUUUUUCCUGCCAUUCUAACAACGAACUUGAAAACUUUUUGUAGUCCCAUCCCCAUCCCAGUCCAGUGUCUUACAUCCCAGUGAUAGUUCACAUGAAACCUCUCGAAUCUCGCUUCUCAACUCUGUCUAGUUGGUCUAUCUCUAGAAUGCUUUUUUAGCCUGCUUCGUCACUAUUUGGUAUGUGUAGAUAUGUAAAGAAGAAAAAAAAUAAGAAAAAAAAAUCGUAAUAAUAACCUGUCUAGAUCGUCUGCUCCCACCCAUCACUGUCGCUGUUGGAUAGAUAUUGCUCUUAGACGCUUCUUGUCGCAGUCUUGUGUUAGCUUAGCCUCUCUUUCAAAGUAUCCUCCUUAUAGCAGACCUCCACCUUGUCCUCACCUCUGCCAGUGUCUAGUAACUAUAGCUCUAUUAUCUCUUGGUGUCUCUGUCUUUUAGCUGUAGACGAAACGUUUCGGAGGCUCUCAGGCUCUUGUGGUUCGCUUUUCUCCCGCUUCGAGUGCGCUCCUUUCUCCUCGCUCCUCCUCCAGUGUCUGGUUAGAUAAGGUCCUCGUCCUUCUUCUUCUUUUUUUAAAUUUUUCCCGUCUCGACAGCAUCUGCCAUUUCUUUCUCUCGAUAUGAUGUCAGCAACCUACAAACUCUACUCUCUCUCCUUGGACUGUUGAGUCCAGACAGCCAAUCAGUUGUUGGAUCUGCAGGUAUUUUUGUGAUAAAUGAGAAGAGCUGGGUGUCAGGUUUCGAUAUCUUGAUGGUAUCAACCAAAAAGAAACCCCAGUAUGAAGUGGUAUCGAAACUUCUCCAGUCAAACUUUACCUGCAUGUGAUCCAGAUCUAGAAAGCCCAACAAAUGGGAGACUUUGUUGGGGAAAACGAGAGACAAACAAGAAAAGUCCAGGAUGUCGUCCCGCCAGGUUCGGAAAUGGCCGUUAGCUAAAUGCUAACGGACGUCAGCAGCAGCUUUGUACUUUGUGUGCUCAACUAGCCACUUAUAAAGUUUAUUCAAUUGGGGGAAAAUGUGGCAAGUAGCAAAGGAAUCCACUAGUCACUGGCACUGAUGAAUUAAAGUUAAAGCCGUUAUAGUACCAGUGUGUUCACACCAAAGCGUUGAGAUUCUCCGGCUUAGCACAGCCCCGAUGGAGACAAACCCCUUUCAGAAAACAAGCAUUUUAAAAGUUGUUUGCUUGUCGUCUUGCAAACAGACCUGACAAAACAUGAAGUCAGACUUUUUAUGAAUCGGCAUCAUAGUUUAGUUAUUUCGGCAUACUUUUGAUCUGAUUAUUGCAAUGAAAUCACAGCAAUAUCUGUCUAUUUUUGGUUCAUAUCGCUGUACUUGUGGCAGUCAUCCAGACACAGUUUCUGUAAAAGCUGCGUGCACUUUCAGAUGUUAUGAAGCCAGACUUUAACGCAUUUCCAACAUAUGUGUGAGCUCCACAGCAGCUCUUUGGGUUUGGUGUGAACACAACAUAAGGAAACAUGAGGGUUUUUUUGUUUCCAGCCCAAAAUUCAGAAAACUUAGACAGAAAGUAGCUUUCAGGUGUUUCUGUCGUCCUAAAACUGAAAUCCCCCUAGAACACAGGUAACUUUUACUUCUUUUCCCAACUUCGGCUCUCAUUAAAACUAUUUCCUUAAUGGAUGUCUGCGUUUUGGCACCAAAAACGAGUCCUAAUCACGGCUCUUUAUUUUCAACGACAGCUGUCUCUAAUCUGGUGUUGAUGAAUUGGCACUUGAGAAGGAGAAGCCGUUUACCGGCUGUGGCGCCGAUCCAGAAUCAGAUCAUCAUCGCCCUGGAUCUUAAAAACAAUGAAUCACAUCAGGAGCUUAAUGCAGAGCUGAUAACUCCGGAUGUUUUGUAAUUACCUCUUCGGCUGCUUCGGUGUAAAGGACAGUGAGGUCAGUGUCGGGGGUGUUUCGUUUGUUAUUGCCAAUUAACCUGACAAACAGCUACCUUUUUUUAGCUUUUUUCCCCCUUUCAUGCUCCAUUUUGGGUUCUUCUUGGCCAUUUCUUCCCGUUUUUUGACUUUUCUCUGCAUGGAAUCCAGUCCUGCCUGUUGCAACGAGAUUGUCUUUGUGUGUGGUUUUCAAAAACGGGUGAAUUUCGUGGGAUCGAGAGAGCGUACUGUGGGUUUUUUUGGAGUCUCAUAAAGGUUCAUGUAACCGCCGGUAAUUAUCUAAUUAUCACAGCUUCAUCACGUCGGUAGUUUUGUCACGGGAGGGGUUUGGCCGAGCAUGCAGGCUCUUUUUUCGGCAACUCCCUUCCUCGAUUUCACACUUUUUUUUUAACAUUUACAGCUGGGAGUUUUCCACCACAAACCACUUUUUUCUUCUUUUUUCGUCUGAUCCGUUUGGGAUCUCUCGACUCUAAAAGCUGCUACCACCUCUCUGCAUUGUUGUAGCAUGAAUCCAGGUGGAGAAGGAAACGCGGAUAAACGUUGAUGUCAUAUUAAAGUGUCUGCUGAGGCCUCGAGUAUCAAACAUCCAGAGAGCCGACUCCUCUCUGGCGAGCCAUCUCUCUCUCUUUCUGGGGCUCGGUGAGUGCAUGGUUGUAUCGUUGUUUGUUUCCCCAAAAAAAGCAUGAUGUGACAGUGAUGGUGAAGAUUAAAUUCUCUCCCCCUGGUUUGUUUUUUUUAAGUCACCUUGGCGUGAAGGGGGGGGCGAGACGGAUCACACCUUCUCCACCAAUCAUUUGCCGUCCGUGACCCGAUCUGACAGAUGUUUGUGCUGUAGAUAAACGAGCCACUGUAGCAAAAACGGAGCGCUAAAACUUUUUUUUUUUCUUUCCUCCUCCCAAAGAUGUCACAUUUGUAACUUGCAGCACAGAUUUGUCCUUUUCUGGAUGCAUCCUCCACUGCUGUGGCGCCAUCUGCAGGAGAAAAACCCACAAAAAUGACACAAAGAGAGAGAGAGAGAGGCUGUUUAACAGAUAAAAUCUCCUCGUUUUUUUUUUGUUGUUUUUUUUUUUCAGUGAGUCGGUGUGUUGAAUCAAAGAUCUCUUGUGCACGUUCUGUUUUUUCUACAUCUGUGUUUUUUGGUAAGAACCCUCGGAUUGCUGCCUCACUAUUCUGUAUAUAAAGAAAUGCACACAUUCACACUCACAACACAGAGCUUAAACACAUACUCUCAUAAUCUGCAACUGCAUUAUUUUUCAUUUACUCUUUAUUUUUCUGAAAGAUAUUAUUACAGCAGUAUAUAGGUAUGAUUACUCCUCAGCGGGGACGGGCUAAACAGACAGACGAUGCAGAUUUGCAGGGCUGCAGACCUCCCUGUACAUCAGGAUCAGCCAUGAAUUCUCAAUGAUGCCAAAUGUUUUUUGAGCAGAGUACACCUUUUAAUCUGUCUCUCUCUUCUCUGUCUCCUCCCCCCCUCCCCAUCUCUUUGUACAUUUUUUCUAUUUAUUUAAAGCAGAAAUAUAUGGAUUGUAUCAAGCAUGGAAAGGCAAACAAAUGUUACAAAAAAAAAAAUCACAGGCUUUUAUUUUACAGCAGUAUAUUUGUUUAUUCUAGGGAUCUGUUUUCUCUCUCUUUUUUUUGGAAGAAAUAAAAAGUCAUUUUCCAUUCCUAAA